AUGGAGUUAGAAAAGAAGAGCAAUGUUGAAAACAAACCAAGGUGCUUCAAUCAGACCUCCCAGCUGUUUUCUUACUCUGAGGAAGCUGAGCAGAUGCUCGUCAGAGAUGUUGCACCAGAAGCUAACCACUCUGGCUUUGUCCAGGCAUGUUCUGCCAAUGUUUCAGUAUUAAACUGUUCAGAAGAAAACUUACCUUAUUUAAGUUCAUCGUUAGAUGCAGACAUUGAAAUGUAUAAUAAAAUGAGAAUGAGAAUUUGCUGUGCAGAGGCAGGUGAAAGCAAAGAAGCUGGUAUGUUGGGAAGGACAGGUGACAAUAUGCACUGUGACUGCGGAGUGUGUGAUGAUUGCAGGCAAAGCUGUUUAAGUGAAGAUUCACAGCUGCAGUAUCUCAGUGCUCAUGAGCAAGAUUUUGAUGAUAAGAAUAGUUCAAGUGAGUUUUCUGAGCAAAGGGAAACUACAGGAAUUGAAACUUUAAAGUGCAUAUCUCCAUUUAAUGAAGUUCCAAAGGGUGAAGUCACACAGGAACACAAUCUCAUUGACGUGUCAGAAGAUUGCUCUGCUUCUGAAUAUGGUGCAGGUGACCAGACCUGCCCCGAAGCAGCAAUGCCAGAGCUUGCUGACCAGCUUCAGGAUUCUCUGUUUCUGCCAGAUUCCAAUGACAUGACAUGCAAGCAUCAGGAAGAGCAGACAGAGUAUCAUAGCAUUGUCUGUGAAAGCCUGCUGGAAAGUCAUUCUUGUGGGAGAAAAGACAGAGUCUGUCCAAGUCUGCUUUUAUGUGACAGUGUAGAAAAUGGAGAAGUCAAAGACAUCCCACUGAGUGGUGAAAAGAAUGACAGACACAUUUGUCAUCUCAGUGAAGCAAGAUGGUCCUUUCCUGUCACCAGUGGAGAGGGCCUCUGCAGAGCCAUGCAGUUGUAUGAAUGUGCAGGUCACUCUGACUUCUACAGCUCUGAAGACCUGGGGGUGUGUGCACAUGGUGACGGCUGUCUUGACUGCGCUGCAAAGGGUGUUGAAACCCAAUUUCCAGUUGCUGAAAUUCUCACCACUGAGAAUCCCUUUUUUGAGGUGGAAGUUGCAGAUAAAUCCUCCUGUGGAAAUACCAGCUUUCUGAGCUCAGGGACGGAGUGUCGUGAAGCCUUGAAACACGUUCACAGUGACUUUGCAGUUAAUCAGGCUGUUGAUGCAAGCUCUGAUUUUAGAGCUUGCUUUACAACAAGUAGAAGUUCCAGUGCUCAGGUUUCUCUCUCAUCCAGAGCUGUUAAUACAGAGAUAACAAUGAUGAACAAAUCUCGGCCCAUGGGUUGUCACUAUGAAACCCAUACAGACAUUGCUUGUAAUACAGAGUGGUCAUGUGGAGCCAGUGGUACAGAGAAAGUUUGGUCACAGCUUACUGAGGUGCUAGAAGAACGCUCAGAAGGCAAUGCUGCAGCAGCUGAAAGAAGGUCACAAAUUCAGGAGCAGGAGAUAUCGAAAAAUGAGUUCUGUAGCAGCAGUGUAAAGAGAAAUACUGACAGGCCAAUAGAUCUUGACAAACAGGCUGUGAAGAAUUCUGCAUCAAGCCACUGUCAAAAGUUACUGCAGAGAGCAAUUGAAGCUGAAUUGCAGAUUCUAAAGACUCAUUAUUACAUGUGCUGUCAGCACUGCUUGAGGAUUUACAAACUGGCUUUGGAGGAAAGAAUCUGUUUUGGCAGAUGUAUUCAAAAUGCCGAAUUACGUUCAUCUGUCACAUUGGUUUUGGAAGAACUGAAAAAGAAAUACAUCAUCAUGAGAAUGCACAUAAACAGAGGUGUACCAUUAAAUGCUCUUCCACCACUAUCAGUUGAGAUUAAGUUACUCCAAAUCUCCUCUUCUUAUGUCCCCUGCAAGGAUAAUCCACAGACUCUGUGUUUCACUGAUGGCCAUCAGUCACAUGACUCAGCUUCCUCUAAGACAACUGAAAAACAGCAUGAGGAUCAGAAUGUGAAAUGUGGCAUUGAAAGGGAUGAUUAUUGGUUUGAAGCUAAGGAGGAUUUGACAGAAGCAGAUAGUUCAGUAAUAGCUGAAAAAACAAAAGAGCAACAAGAAAACCAAGAUACAGCUGAUUUAAGAGAUACAAAGACAGUGGAGAGUGGACGUGAGGACUUCAUUCCUGUUAGUGGUCCAAGUUCCUUAGUGCCAGAGGGUGAUUUAAGAUCAAAUGUCCAGGAGUAUCAGAUUUCAGACACUCUUACCUCUGUGACUUCUAGUAACUACAGCAGUCAAAGAAAUGGUCAAGAUAAAACACUCACUUCAGCCUCCAGUGCUGCAAAAGCACCUAAUGCCACCUCUGCUUCUGAGAAAAUGCAUCUCCUUCCUGGAACAACUUCAAACACUUCUUGCUUUACACAAGUACCUUCAGAAACAAAGUGCCCUGAUCUGAAAUCAUCUACGAAAGAUUCGAGAGAUAUUCAAAAGGAUACUGGAGAAGACCUUCUGCAGAAGACAUCUGCUUCUUUCUCCUCUAAUGCACAUGAUGCCUUUGUUUUGCCCAAUACACUGAACUUGAGCAGCUUUGACAAAUUAAUGAGGAAACUUAAAGAAAUGCAUCCAGAGGCUAGCAGAGACAAAAUUGUGGAUGCUCUGCUAGAAGUGAGGGAAAACAACAAGGGUGUCCUAAGUGGAUUGUCCAUCAGAUCUAUUGUGGAAAGGACCUCUGUAGUUCUGAGGAAAUCAACCCCCAGUUGUGGGUGUGGCUUUCCAAUUACGAAGACUCUGAUCAUCUCCCUUGAGAAGAGUUUUGCGAGUUCAUUCCUCCAGCUUGUUCUGGGAUCGUACUAUAAUCUGAUUCUGAAUAGUCUGUGGAAAUUCCGUGUAUCUUCUGAAUACCAGGGAGGCACAGGGGAGGGCUUCGUUACAGAAAACCAGGCUCAGAGCUGGCAGUGCUGGUGGACACAGUUACAUAAUGCUGAGCUGCAGCAGAGUCAUCUCGUGUCCGUUUUGACUCAGAAGCGUGUUGCGGACUGCAGAGUUCUGUCUUACGUCCUGGAAAGCGGAGCAGAGCUGCGACGGGCUUGGGGGAGGAUCCCACCCCGCAGGCGAGCUGGCUGCACGGCAGUGGAGAUGGCUCUGCUCCCGCGGCGAUUCCUCUGCUUCGUCCUGGCCCAUCACUUCAUCACGGCGACGGCGUGCCAGGAGGCCGACUACGGCUGGAUGAUUCGGCACUACUGCCUGAAGCAGUUCCAGCUCAGCAUGGAGGGCAUCGGCCAGCGCCUCUGGUGUGACUGGGACGAGACUGUGGGCACCUACGGGGAGCUGACGAACUGCACGGCCCUGAUCGCCGAGAGGCUCGACUGCUACUGGCCCAACCGGUUGGUGGAUGAGUUCUUCGUGGCCGUCCACAAGCAGUACUUCAGGAACUGCUCCCCCUCCGGCCGGGCGCUGCAUGACCCUCCCAACAGCAUUCUCUGCCCCUUCAUCUUGCUGCCUGUCCUCGUCACCCUGCUGAUGACCGCACUGGUGGUGUGGAGGAGCAAACGCAGCGAGGGCAUCGUGUAGGGACAUCCUGCCGCCAAUGCAGGGGCGGGAUGGGAUGGGGGGACCACCCCCUCAGAACAUGCUUGGUUUUUUGGGAAACCCUGGCAGAGGGGCAUCCUGUGGUGGGGGUUCCAAGCCCUGGAGGCAGAAACAGCAAUGCCACCGCUCCUCCCUCACCUGGUGCCGCGGUGCACCGCACACGUGCCUCUUGCCCAGCAGUUUCCAAACGAAUCCAUUGAAGACAUGGCUGCUUGGCGAGGCCCUCAUGGGCUGCCUUGGUGGCAGGAAGCCCUCUCGGGUUGCUGGGGAGCACAGCUCGCCCCGGGCAGCAGCACCGCCACAUCUCUGCUCAGCCUUUGACAGCUGCUUCCCCCAGCAUCGCGUGCCAGCAGAGGAAAAAGUCUAAAGAAAAAAGAAGAAGCAGAAGAAAAGAGGGCGGGGAGGGUGAAAUCCUGCUGGCCCUGUGGUGCUGGCCUGGCACUGGGAAGUGCCAGUGGUGGGUUGGUGGGUCUGGGACACAAAGCCACCACAGCUUCCCCUUCCUGUGUUUU